AAGCAAAGCCCUUCAAGCUCGAACUUUGACGCAGUACUUUCUUCAUUUCGGCAAGCAACUGAAGCCAGGCACAUUGAGGAUUGAGGCCAAAAAUCUCCACAGAUCCCCCACCGCCCGUCGCCGCCCCGGCGCGAUGGAACCGCCGCCGCGACCCUCCGCCUCGAAGCUCCGCCUCAUGUGCAGCUACGGCGGCCGCGUCGUCCCCCGGCCCCACUCCAACUCCAAGUCCCUCUUCUACCUCGGCGGCGAGACCCGCAUCGUCACCGUCGACCGCGCCUCCUCCGCCGCCGCCACCCUUUCCUCCCUCGCCUCCCACCUCUCCGCCACCCUCUCUGUCGCGCCCCCCUUCGCCCUCAAGUACCAGCUCCCCGACUCCGACCUUGACGCCCUCAUCUCCCUCUGCACCGACGACGACCUCGCCGUCAUGGUGGAUGAGCUCGACCGCCUCUCUUCGUCCUCGGACCCCAGAGCUAGGCCCUCCCGCAUCAGGCUGUUCCUCUUCCCGACGAGGCCCCAGUCCGGAUCCGAGUCGGCUCCGCCCCCCGUCCUGUGUCACCCCAAGACCGAGACCUGGUUCAUCGACGCCCUCAAGGGCGCGAGGAUUGUGGGGAAGGAGGACGACUUCGAUCAGAGCGGUGGCGCUGAAUCGGUGGUUCUCGAGACGAGCUCGUCUUUCGGGUCCACGUCGUCGUCAGUUUCUCUGUCGAAUUUGCCUCCUCUCGUGGCUCAGGUGGACGAGCUGGGAACUAAGAAUCAUCCCCAAGAUCCAGUGGCAAGAGAUAGUAGCAGUGUUGCGAGUGCCAAUUCGAACCCGAGGACUGGACCCUUUACUGCCCCUGUUGCACAUGUUGCAUCCCUGCAGAACCAGACUUUUGCGAACACUCUUGAAUCGAAAAGUGGGACCUUUUGUUCUGGUGCACAGCCGUGUACAACUAUUCCGGUUUCUGGUUAUCCGGUGAAUCCUCAAUUCGAACAGUUGCAACAUGUCCAGUUUGUUCCCACGGCCUCGCCUUACAGGUCCCAGAACCCCGCUUUUGCAGUGCCUGUUUCACAGUACUGUCCCGUUUAUCAACUGCAGCCACAGCAACUGUGUUACAUGCCAAAUCACUCUUAUCCCACUUACGCGGUGCCUGUGCCCGCCGCCCAGUCUCAGAAUCUGCAGAUGCAGGGUCCAUCGCGUGAUGCUCUGGCUAUCGCCUCUAGUCAGCUAGCUCCGGAUUUUAGUCCUUUGGUGAAUCCUCCUCAGGUAGCUUGUAAGGAAGUCCCUGAAGCUCUGAGAAAACCGGAAUUAGCUGCGCAGAUUUUCACUACCGUGCCGGGGACAGCACCACACGCUCAUGUACCCAUUACUGAGAAUAAGCAAAAUCUCAUCCAAAUGAACCAAGUGCGGAAACAUCCUCAGCCCGUUGAUGUUGUGCAUGAAGAAACUUGUUACUAUGAUGAUGAGUAUGUCGAUGAUCCUGCACGGCUCCAAAUCUACAAAUCGCAGCCACUACCUCCAACAUUACCUUCUCAGUACCAGACCAUGACUGAGGCGAAUACUUUAUUGCUGACAGAGGCGUUGGUCCACUUGAAUAUGGAUCGCAUGAAGCGGCAGAGUAAAAGCUAAAUGCCACGGUGAGGCAUUUCUAGCAAAAUAAGAUUUAGGUUUCCAUAGAAGUUUUCAUGUUUCCCAGGCUUUUCUUCUGUGAUCCUUGUAUGAAGCAGUGUUUUUGUGCUCACUAUGACAGAAAUAAAUGUCACAGUUUCGCGAGUUA